AAACUGCGUUCGUGGCUGCUGCUCCUGAAAGACACAGUUGAAAAACUAGAUAUUUCAAGCGCAGAUGCGUCCUCGGUGAUUUCGGAAUUAAAAAGUCGCCUGGAUCAGGUCAGCGAUAUGCAUGGUCUUUCGGGCAUUGUUGCGGUCUCGCAAUAUCUACAAAAUACGCACACAUUGUUGACAAAGUUAUCACAUUUCUGCAUGCUGGAUGAGGCGUUCGUGAAAAAAGUAGAUGCGGCGACUAAUUUUGCGUAUGGUUGGAUGAUCGCUGACCAGUAA